GCGUACAGUGGGAAUUAAGCCCUCACCGGGUACGGAACUCAGAGAGUCUUUGGAAUACAUUCUAAUUCGUGAAACAACAUACUAAGUGCAAAAGGUUAAAAUGACACCAAACGCGGUUUCUAAACAAUCCGAUGCAGACUCCACAAGCUGCAAUGCGGAGGAAGUGCUGUCAAAUGGGAAUCCAAAUACGAGUACAUCUAAACAGACAGGUGUUCUUUUCGAAGGUGAUGCGGAAACCAAUGAUUUUGCAUUGACAGACGAUAUAACGCAGUUCAAAAAAGCUGAUAAGCGUAAUUUGAAAUUGGUCUGGCGAAAUAUUAUACUAUUUGCAUAUGUACAUCUGGCUGCUCUAUAUGGCGGAUAUCUCUUUCUGUUCCAGGCGAAGUUGGCAACGAUUGCUUUCUCAAUUAUACUGUACACGAUGGGCAUGAUUGGAAUCACUGGAGGUGCCCAUCGCCUCUGGGCGCAUCGUUCCUACAAGGCAAAGUGGCCGUUACGUCUGAUUUUGAUAGUGUUCAAUACGGUAGCCUUUCAGGAUGCCGCCUACCAUUGGGCCCGUGAUCAUCGUGUGCAUCACAAGUUCUCCGAAACGGAUGCCGAUCCCCAUAAUGCAACCCGUGGCUUCUUCUUCUCUCACGUCGGCUGGUUGCUCUGCAAAAAGCAUCCCGAUGUGGUGGCCAAAGGCAAGGGUUUGGAUUUGUCUGAUCUUCAUGCUGAUGCCAUACUCAUGUUCCAGUUGAAGCACUAUUUCAUCUUAAUGCCUCUCGCCUGCUUUGUGCUGCCCACUUUAAUACCCUAUUAUGUAUGGAACGAGACGCUUUUGAACUCCUUUUUUGUGGCCACAAUGUUCCGCUGGUGCUUCCAGCUGAAUAUGACCUGGUUGGUAAAUAGCGCUGCCCAUCAAUUCGGCGGGCGUCCCUACGACAAACACAUUAAUCCGUCGCAGAGUCCGUAUGUUUCCGCGUUCACCUUUGGCGAGGGCUGGCACAACUAUCAUCAUGUAUUCCCCUGGGAUUACAAGACGGCCGAGUGGGGAAAAUACACGCUAAACAUGACGACAGCGUUUAUUGAUUUCUUCGCCAAAAUUGGCUGGGCAUAUGAUCUCAAGUCCGUGUCAUCCGAGACUAUUGAACGACGAGUGCGUCGCACCGGCGACGGAACUCACGAGCUGUGGGGAUGGGGCGAUAAGGAUCUCACCGAGGAGGAUGUGCAGCAUGUUCUUUUCGUGGACAAGAUAAAGUAGAGCUUUAU